AUGAUUUUUAAUAAGUAGAUUUUAUUAUUUUCAUUAGCUAAAUUAUAAAUUCUAAGAUCAAUAGAUAACUUUUAUAUAAUUGAAAAAAAUGCUUCUCCUACAAUUAAUUGUUAUCUAAUUCAAAGAAUUGAUUAAAUAAUACAUUAAAUUAUAUAAGAAAAAAAUUCAAAAAUAAAUUGUAUAAAAAUCGGUGCUCUAACUAGCCGAAUUCUUGAUAAAGGUCUAAUGGAUAAUAAAUUUUUAAAAAAUUUUUUCCUUAGUAGAGAUGAAUAGAAAAAAUCUAAGCCUGAUUAGAGAGUUAUAAUAGAGAAGAAACUAUUAUAAUGUUUAAGAUUUCCUAACAAAUAUUAAAACUAAGCUACUAUUAGAUUAGUGGAGGAAUUUGCUUAGGAAAAUGGAUUCACUAUCUAAGACUCCAUAAAAUACUAACAGUAUGAAAUUCUAGGAAAACCAAUUAUUUUCCAACCAAUAGUCCAUGUCACUAAAGAAGAAAAUUGGUUUGAUAUUUUUGAAAAAUUUAAAUCUGAAAAUUUAAAAAUCACACCUAAUCAGAAUUUAUAAGAAUUUAACAAUUUAAUUAAAAAUUAAUAAAAAAGUACCUGGGAAAAAUUAUCUUUAAUAUUAAAAUAGAGAUUUAUGAUUCAUGAUGCCAAUGACUUCCCUGCUGUUAAUCCUAUAAUAGGUAAUGAAGAUCAAGAUGGAAAUCUUUAAUUUUUAAUUGAUGAAAAUUUAAUACCUCAUAGAAUUAUCUUUAGGAAUAAGGAUGAAUAUGAUUUAAUGAACUGGUAUGUAGAUAAUAGAAAUAAGAAUGAAUUAAAUGUAAUUACAUAAGAUUGGAAUAAGUAUAUUAAAAAUGUUUAACAACUUAGAGAGAAAUAACCUGAAAGGUAAGAAAGAAAAAUUAUUUAAAUCAAUAAUCAAAUGCAAGUUGAGUAAGAAUAAUCCUCUAAAUUAAAUUAAAAAUCUUAAUAAUAACAUCAAUUAUAGAAAACUAACAAUGAACAAUCUAGUUUAAAUUUUGUUGAAUUUUAAUAAAAAAAUAUUUCAUUUAGAUAAGGAAAUACUAAUAAUUCAUCUAAAGUUAAGAUCAAAUCUAAUGAAAACUCUUAACUUUAAUAAUAAAUACGAGAAUCCGAAACAGUUGAUUAAUUAAUUAAUAAUGAUAAAUAUGUUUAAUCCAAUUAAUUGACUGUGGAUGAACUAGCUUAAUAAGUUCUAAGUAAUAUGGAUUUAUUUUAGAAUAAUGAACAAGCUACUCCUUAAUAAUAUAAUGAUAGAGUUCUAAUCACAGUCUAAUUUCCAGCAGAAAUUAAAAAGAAUUAAGCUAUAAAAUUUUUAUAAACGGAUAAAGAUUCUGAGUUAGCAAAAGGUGUUAUCUAUCUAAAUGGUUAAGAAUUAUAGAAACUAGAUUAAGAAAUAGCUGAUACCUUACAGAAAAUUAGUUUUUCUAUUAAGAAAAUAAAAAUAAAUGGAUAAGAUUACUCUUUAAGCUCUCCUUUCUGUGUUAUAACUAAUAAUAUUCCUUUAAAUUAUGCUAGAUAAUGGUAGUUUUUCAAAGACAAAUAAGCAGUGUAAGUUUAUAUUAUUCAUACUUAAAUUGUUUGGCUAUUUCAAUAAUAUCUACUUGAUAUAAACAUGAGAUCUUAAGCACAAACUUAUAUUUAAAAAGUUUAAUAAUCCUAUAUUGAUAAGUGGUUAAAAUUUAUAAAUUAGGAAAAAAAUAUAUGGACCAGAACAACAAAUGAAUCUCUCAUAUUAUUAGUUUAAACCCAUAGUGAUUAAUUAAUUCAAAAUUCUGAUGAUAAGAAUGCUGAUAACUAUGUUAUAAAGCUUAUUGAAGAUAUUUGGUUUGUAUUUUCAGGUAUUAAAUAAUAUGUUCUAUUUCAUACUACAUAUGAAGUAAAGUAAACAAUCUUAACUUAUAUCUAAAUUAAAGAUGAAUUGUUUCUACCUAAUUUGAAUACUGAAACUCUUCUAAAAGGCAUGAAAUAAUUUGAUUUAUGUAUUUAGGAUUCACCUAUCUUUGAACCCAAUGUCUCCCAUGAUGUUAUUUGUUGGUUAUGUUUUAGUAGUCAUUCCUCCUGGGAGCAAUUUUAUAUCCAUAAAUGUAAUACCAGUUAGGCUAAAUAAUCUUUCCACUAGGAUCAUCUACAGACUUGGAAACUGUCUAAUUCCAAAUGAAUAAUUAUCA